AUCUUUCCUAGAACAAGACCAAAAGGCCCUGCCUCCGCCACUGCUCGUACUAGAGCCACAAGUCGGCAGUAGCUGAAGCCCACUUCCAGCUUUGUCCUUCUUACUUCCAGCACUGUUGUGAUAGGUUGUCACAUUACACCGAACUUUGAUCCAUUUUCGGUUAAGGGUAAACUGAAAAAUAUUUUGGUUGAGAUGGGAACGAGGAUGUGUUUGGGUUGGUUAUUUGGUUUGGUUUGUUCUGCCCAACCCGACUUAGUGCCCACCCCUAGAAUGAUGGACAAUAAUUAUGUCCACAUCGAAGCAAAUUGAAUCUUAAAUUGAUAUUUGGAUCGAAUCGGAUUGGAUCAAUAUAAUUCGUCAUUUAAAUUUUUAUUUAUUUUCUUCCUAAAUACAAAUAAAAUAAUGGAACGAAUAUGAAAUUGAACCAGACCGAACCAGACCAAAUGAAGCAUAUACACUUCUGGCCCAACUCUGAUCCUCCAUCUUCCUGUAUUUUUUCGGUCCAUUUUUUGUUGUGGUUCGUUUCAACUCUGAAUCAGUGAAUCUGACAGGAUCAUACUCAUCACUAAUUCAGUAAUUCUAUCUCAUUGCCCAUUUACCUCCUUCUUUCCAUUUCUAUUUGGUGAGAAAUGGUGACGAUUCUAAAAAUUAACAAAAGCCUUUGUAUUAACGUAUGAAAAAUAAUGCAAUGUUCUAUUUCCUCUCUUCUUAAAGAAGCUGAUGACUCUUAUCCACCAACAAUUCUUGUUUAUGGCUAUUGUCGCACUGCUGUGGAGGAUCUGGCGAUCUCGCAAUUGGGUGGUUUUUGAAGGUAACAAUACGAGCUAUCGGCCUUGAUGCGCCAAUUUAACCAGCAAUAUGCGGAGUGGGAAAGUUUGUCAGUGGAUCAGGUUCUCCGUUCUUCUGCCCUCUGGUAUAACAGUGGAGUCCUAGUGGGGGCUCCCUUUGCUGAUUGUAUGUAGGAUGGGGCAGUUAGGAGUGGGUCUCAUUCGGCAGACAGAAUGGUUAUUAUGAACCAAGAAUGUCAGAUCCUUUUGGUUCAGGGGUACAGUUCCUUUUCAUUGAUGACCCGAUGAUGUUAGAAUUACUUACGCUUCGUGAGGCCAUCCUUUGGUGUCUGGCCCAUGGCUUCACAGAGAUACGUUUUGAAGGUGAUGCGAAAGUAGUCAUUGAAAAGAUCAUUCGGGCAGAUAGCAGCAAUAAUCGGAUGGGCGCGAUUCUUGAAGAAAUUGUGAUGUAUUUUGCCAAUCAUAGUGGGUUUGGUGCGCGAUUUGUAGGAUGGCGUAACAAUAGGGUAGCCCACUUGGUGGCUCAAAAAGCCCUUUUUUUGUAUCCGACUAUGUGUCGUGUGUUUGAUUUUCAGGUCUGGCUGAACUCCAGGAUUGUAAUUACAUAUCUUUUUGAAUCAAUGUAUGAUUAUUUUUUGUAAAGAAAAAGUCAUUUACAAAUGGUAUAUGUAAGCAUUUUCAUCUAUAGAAAACCAGUUUAUUUUUGUUUCCCAACCAUCCAUACCUUCAUUUGUUUUUAAAUGUUCCUACUCGCCAAAGUGGUAAAAAAAAAAACAACACAACCAAACAAUUUCCCAAAAUCUCACAUAAAAUAAUUCCAAGACAUAUUGAAACAUAAAUAAAAUAGUCUUAAUCAAACAGAGUAUGUCUAUUUGACUUAAAAGUCACCGUAACUUGAAAAAAAUGGUCAAUCGCUUCUGACAAUCGAUAGAUCGCUUCACACAAUUGAUUGACCACUUCCUACAUCUAAUUUACCUCUUCCGUAAAAUCGAUAGACCACUUCAAAAAACCAAUCCAUCGCUUCCAAUCAAGCCAAUUCAUAUAACAUACAAGAGGGUGCAUGGAAAAGACCUUGGCAUGAAUUCAAGUAUCCUUUUUUAUAAGUCAAGUAGCUAGAAACCAAGUGGCCUAGGACUAGGAGAGAGUUUAAUUAAGCAAGUCGUUGACGAUUAUGAUUUAGUAACCAGCCGAGCUGUUGCUGCAAGUGGCGGGAAGGAUUAGGUAAUAAUAAGUGUUUUCUUAUCACUAAAACGUACCAUCAUGGUUAUAAACUUAUAAUAAACUCUCACUGUCAUGUUUGUGACUGAACUUUAGAGUCUAGAAGGAAGAGCUAAUAGAGUUUCGUUCCGUUGCUUUCCAAUGUUUAUCAUGGAAUUCACAUAUUAUAAUCUAAAAUUAAAUAUCGAGAGAAGGUACAAUCACCUUCAAAUUACGCAUAGUUUACAUAACAAAUUUGAGCAUUUCUAAUAUACUUUAAAGUAUUAGUAAUUUAAAUUACAAUUUGAAAUUGUAUCAUAAUGUUAAAGAUACAAAUUGAAAUUGUAUAAGGAAAUUUGACCUUUAUAUUGUGAUACAACUUGAAAUAAAGGUACAACUUUAGUUUGUAUCAUAAAAGGGAUUUUAAGUCUAGAUACAACCUAAAAUUGUGUCGUAACAUUAAAGAUACAACUCCAAAUUAUACGGUAAAAAACAAAAACUAAAGCACCAAUACUGUAAAAAUUCUCAACAAAUUCAGUUGAAAUUUUUAGUGAACAAAUUAAAUAGAAAUCGCAGAUUAACCACGCGGUGGGAAUGAGUCGAAGAAUAACAUGGAAUCUACUUUGAAAUAAAAGGCGCCAACAUGAAUUAAUGACUAUAUUUUUUUGCUAAACCAACCAUGAUUUGAUUAUUGGUAGCAGGUAUUUCUGUUGAAAAUUCAAUUUUAUUUAACCCAAUUAGAACCACACUGGUCAAUCAAAGAAACAAUCAACCCCGAUUAAGUCUUUCUUUAAUCAAUCAAGCCAACUUUAUUUUUCCACAGGAAAUCUUCGUCAAAUUUCACUUAACCCUAUAUAAAUAUCCCUCUUUCACGCUAAUCCAGAUUAGCCAGUUAAUUACAAAGGUUAACAAAAAAAAAAUGAAGAAAACCUCUCUGCUUCUCCAAUGGCUACUCCUUCUUCUACCACUAACAGCUUCCCUCUCCCCGUCUCCCUCCAACGUCGUCGACGGCGACUGCUCCGACAAAUGCGGCAACGUCACCGUCCCCUACCCUUUCGGAAUCGGCGACCGGAAAUGCGCAAUCUCCGCCCCCUUCCUCCUCAAUUGCAACUCCUCCGCCGUCCUGGUGUUCGGCAAGAACAUCCCCGUCACCAACAUCUCCGUCGAGGAAGGCACCUUCUCCGCCGUCAUUUCCGCCGUAUCCCGCUGCUACAACAAGACCGAUCCGGCGAGGAACCGCACGACGUUGGGGCGGGCAAUCAAGCUCGGCGGCGGGCCCUUCCGGCUGUCCAACGUCCACAACAGGCUCACCGCCUUCGGCUGCAACACCCUGGCCUUCAUGACCGACAAAGCCGGCACCUUCGGCACAGGCUGCGUCUCCUUGUGCGGCCGCGGCCGCGUUCCCGCCGCCGCCAAUUCGACUUCGGAGCUCUGCUCCGGAAUCGGGUGCUGCCAGAGCGCGAUUCCCCAGGGAUUGAAGUUGAGGACUCUGAAUUUCACGGUUUCCAGGGCGAGGAGCCGCGGCAGGAAUAAUUCGGCGUCGAAUCCUUGCGAUUACGCUUUCCUGACGGAUGUCAGAAGCUUCGAUUUCGGCAGGGUGAAGCUGUCGGAGCUCCCGGAAAGGAAUCCGAGGAACUCAAAGGCGGCGAUCGAGUGGGUGGUCGAGGAGAAGACAUGUAAGAAGGCGAAGUCGAAGUCGAAGUCGAAUUCGAGCUCGUACGCUUGCCGCGAGAAUUCCAACUGCGUUUACUCCGAGAAUGGGAAUGGUUACAGGUGCUUGUGCCAGCCCGGAUUCACAGGAAACCCCUACCUUGGCUGCCAAGACAUCAAUGAAUGUGAGGAGGCAGAGAAUUACCCAUGUCAUGGACGUUGCAAGAACACAAAGGGGAGCUACACUUGUAGUUGUCCAAUUGGAAUGCGUGGUGACGGCAAAGUUGCUUGCCAAUUAUCCAGCGUUACGGCCAUUGUUGCAGUAACUGGAUGCAUCAUCUUGCUAUUCACGAUCGUUCUUCUGACCUUCAUCAUCUACAAGAGAAGAAAGAGAGAGAAGAACUUCUUACUCAACGGGGGAAUGCUACUAGAGCACCAAAGGGUGAGAAUCUUCAAAGAAUCCGAGCUCUCCAAGGCCACCAAAAACUACGACCCUGCCCACUUCCUCGGCGAAGGAGGGUUCGGCCAUGUCUACAAAGGAAUCCUGCCUGAUAACACACUCGUCGCGAUCAAGAAACCCAAAGACUCAAUCGACAAGGCUCAAACCAUUAACCAAGAAUUUCAGCACGAAAUCGCCAUCGUCUCGCAAGUGAACCAUGUCAAUGUUGUGAAAGUGGUUGGACUCUGCCUCGAGACCAAGCUCCCGCUAUUGGUCUACGAGUUCAUCCCCAACGGCACGCUCUUCGACCACAUUCACAAACAGAGGUCGAAAGUGAUGUCUACAUGGAAACACAGGUUGAGGAUCGCGACGGAGAUCGCUCAAGCGCUCGACUACCUGCACUCGCUGGCGAACCCUCCAAUCAUCCACGGGGACAUCAAGUCGACCAACAUUCUUCUCGACGAGGGUUUCAGGGCCAAAGUCGCCGACUUUGGCGCCUCUGUUCUGAUCUAUCCCGACCAGACUACGGCUGUGCUUAAUAAGAUUCAAGGCACGCUGGGUUAUCUCGACCCGGAGUAUCUCGUGACGGGUGAUCUCACUCCGAUGAGCGAUGUCUACAGCUUUGGAGUGGUCAUGGUGGAGUUACUGACAGGGGAGAAGCCUUAUGGGAGUUCGACCAGAACAGGGGAGAAGGUUAAUUUGAUUCAGUAUUUUUUGAAUUCGGUGGGGGAUAUGAAUUUGGGGAGGAUUGUAAAUUUCGGGGCGAUUCGAGAUGGGGAGAUGGAGGAGAUUGAGGCGUUUGCUGAGGUGGCGCGGCGGUGCUUGAGUUUCAGCGGGAUGAAGCGGCCGGCGAUGAAGGAGGUGGCAGAGGAGCUUGAACGGCUAAGGAAAUUGAAUGAGAAUUCUUCUUGGGGUUCUAAUCGGAAGGGUGAGAAUGGCGGAGAGGAGACGGAAUAUCUGUUGAGGAAGGAUGGCGAUGAAUCUUGUUCUUUAUCGUUUAGUGGGUUCUCAGAAGUUUUGAUAGGGACGACCGAGGAGCAGCCGACGGCGGAAACUCAUAGCAACGUUUCAAUGAAUAUGGAGUCGUAUGAGUUUUGUCGUUGAUGGACUCCAUUUUGCCUUUGUUUUUGUCUAUUUUGUUUCUCAAGUUCCAAUUCUAUUUUUAUAGAAUAAAAAAAUUUAUAAUACAAAAUAUUUCAAUAAUGACAUAUCUGAUUUGACCUACUAAACAAAUACAUUAAACUACUUUUCAUCAAAUGUUUGAAAAGUAGCAAAGGACAAAUUGGUCCAAAAAGCAUACUUAGUGGCAAAUAUUCUCUCGUUAGUUCUUGUUUCAUUUGCAUUUCGGCUUCUUGUGACAGAGUUGUCCCUUCUCUAGUCAUUAGUCAAUGCAUAUUUAAUAAAAGAGUUCGGGAAGACUGCCUCAUUGGACGACAGAUGGCGGAUUGGUAAUCCAAAAGAAGUUAAGGGGUCUGGAAAUGCAAUGCAGUAAUUGGACCCAAAUACCACAUAAUGCAGUAAUUGGGUUUAAAACCCACGUUUGGGAGAGCAAAAAGGGUAUGGGAAUUGGACCAUGGAAAUUGGCUUCAAUUACCACAUUCAUGGUAAUUGAGAAUACUACACCUCCCCCUAGUAAUUUGACAUUACCACGUUUUCUUACUUCUUUUUCCAAAUUCCACACCAUCAAUUCCCACAAAACUAAACCCUAUCCAAACGUGAAAUUUUUUUCAAUUUCCACAAAUCAAUUCCUUGAUUUUGUAAAACAUGGAAAUUCAGACAAAUUCCAACGUUUUCAAAUUUCCACAUCCAAACGAAGAAUCUCCCCCCUAAUCAUUUUUUUCAGAAAAGAUGACCCCUGUUCGUCUAGUGCAUUAAGGUAAUAGAACGUUCUUGGACGAUGCCCAUUACAUCAUAGUGUAACCAUUUAGUAAGUCCCGGUUUGUACACAUCGAAGAGAUGUGUGCCAAAAGGGGAGUUAUGAUUAAAAGGAGCGUCGUGCCCAUUACAUCAUAGUGUAACCAUUUAGUAAGGAUCCUCCACCUAAUCAUUUUAGAUUUCGCCUCCUCAAAAGUUAGAGGUGAUUCAACCUGUCUCUAAACUUUUGUGACCAAACAGAUCAUUUUACAUCUAUUUUUUUUUUUGGGGUGACAAAAUCAUUUUACAUCUACUAAUUGUAAGGCUUUAGGUUUACAUUAGCUGUAAAUUGAUAGGUAUGGUACAAUAUUCGCAAUAAAUUGUUUUUAGACAUAGAUAUUAUUCCUCUGAAAUUGAAGGGAUACAUGAUUUAGUGCAAUCGUAAUCCAACUAAUACAACAGCAUUAUGUAAAAUCAUUAAAAUAAAAUAUCGCAUACCGCUAAAUGUACAAUAAUUAAUGUAAGACUCUUGAGAAACAGAUUAAGACGACAUAACUACAUACGAUGGGUCAUAUCAGACCAUUACGAUACCGUCAAGGUUGUCAACCCGCGGGUUGACCCGGACCCGGUCGAGCUAGUGGGUCAAGGGUUAAUGGGUCAACCGUUUUAGCCCGGUUUCGCCGAAAAUAUAGAAAAAGUCAUUAUAUUGUACUUAUCCUCAUAAAUUAUAUCAAAUCUUAUCUAACAUAUGACUUAUAACAUAUAAUAUUACACCAAAAUAACAUAUCGUACUUAGA